AUGGUGGUGGUGGUGGUGGCGGCGGAGAUGGUAAUGGUGGCGGAGGCGAUGGUGGUGGUGGGUGGCGAUGGUUAUGGUGGUGGUGGCGAUGGUAAUGGUGGUGGUGGUGGCGGCGAUGGUGGUGGUGGUGGUGGUGGCGAUGGUAAUGGUGGUGGUAGCGGCAGCGAUGGUAAUAGUGGUGGUAGCGGUGGCGAUGGUAAUGUGGUGGCGAUGGUUAUCAUGGUGGUAGCGGUGGCUAUGGUAAUGGUGGUGGUGGCGAUGGUAAUGGUGGCGGCUUUGGCGGCGGCGAUGGUAAUGGUGGUGUUGGCGGUGGCGAUGGUGAUGGUGUGGUGGCGAUGGUAA